AAGCAUAGAAGCAGAUUUUCAGUUCUAUAGCUGUUUCUGGGGGGUGCUGGUCAAGGUCUCUCUCCUUUGGUCUUGCCUUCACCGUUUCAGGACAUACACCUGUCCUGGAUUGCCCAUGUCUAUUCAACGAGUCGUUGCUCGGUCGUUAGUUAGCCUAUACGAAUGGGUCGAAUUGCCUGCAUUAGGCCGACACUGUUAGUGACGAAUGUCGGCGAUUCAGAUUAGACUGCAGCGAGUCAGCGAUUAGUUCCGCUGACGACUAAAUGUGCUGGGGCCCGUUAUCUCGAAUGUGAUCGCAUACUUUUAGCCAAAAAGCGCGAUCCGUUCAUUCAGAUUAUCCAGAGCAAUCGGAUCUACAUUCCAGAAACCUUUUAUGCGGCCAUGGAUCCAGCAUCGGCGACGCGGUUUCAGGAUAACCUAGAGGACAAGUCUCGCGUGGAGAUCAAGCGCCUGUGUCGCCAACUCGGCGUCAGCAGCCGAGCAGCGACGACAUCUAUGCUGGUCGCUAGAAUCAGGACUCGCCUCCACGCCUCACCAGCAUCGGGUCCUCCAGGCAGCGGAAAACCUUCCCCUUCCGACAAUGGCGUCGUUUGCGAGAACGGUCGUCAGGACGAGCCCCGCAGCGAGAUUCGGAGCCAGAGAAAGGAUCCGAACCAAGCGCAGGAGAAAUCACGCGCUUCUCGACUCUUCGGAGGGCUGAUUCGCCGCAGCAGCCCCGCGAGACGACACGAGAACUCGCAGAAGCCACAGGAACAGCCGCAGCAGCAGCAGCAACAGCGACAUCAGGAGUUGCAAAAUGAGCACACGAGGGAUGGAGGCGGAGCAGCGGCGGCAGGACCGCCUCUGCAUGUCAGCGGCAGGAGGACGACCACCCACCCCGCACAACCAGCCGUACCGUAUGUUCGUACGAUGGAUCCGUCCGUUAAAGAGGCAGUCGCGCGUGCUUAUAGCGAGGUUGCUGGUACGUACGCCAGCUCGAUGCAUUUUGGGGGCAGUGGGGGAAGCGAGGGGUCAGAGGAGGUGGCUCAGGAGGUGAAGGGACACGUGGCGGAGAAGCGUGACGAACACGUGGUAGAGCAACGCAAGGGACGUGCGACAAAGGAAGGCGCAGGACACGUGGCAGCAGCUGACUUGACCGCGAGUGAGAGGGGCGCGCUGGGCGUGAGUGGGAGGAGCCGGGCGGUGAGGAAGCAGAGGGAGCGCGUGGGCCCGGAGGUGGAGGAGUCGAAGCGGCGGAUUCUGGCGGCGUUCCUCCGAGACAUGGACGGCGCCGAGAAACCCGCCGCGCACGCCGCCAGCCUCGUGCAGCUGAGCCGAUCCGGAGAGAUGAGGCAGCAGGAGGAAAUGGGGUGGCCAGGCGAGGUGAAGAGUGGCGGCGUUUCAGCAGAAGGGAAGGAGACGCGGGACGUCGAAGCCGGUGAUGGGAUGGGGCAGGGAGAGAGUGCAGUGGUGGGUGGUGAUGAGCAUGACAGGGGCGACAGUGUCGGUGAGCGCUGUAGCGGGGACGAGGACGAUGAGGAGGAGGUGGAAGAGCACGAGGGUGACGACGAGGAAUGUGACAGUCAGAGUGAGAAGUAUGGCGAUGAUGCGGACGAGGCGGACAAGAGCGACGCACCUGUGGAUCUAGAGUCGCUCAUGGCUAUGAGCGCUCACUCGCAGCUCGUGGGCAUGGGCGCUGGACGACCUGCGGAUAUGAGUCGCGAGUGCGGCGAAUCUGCGACUGAAGCCGAUGCUGCCGCGACCGAGGCUACCACUGCGGCCAUCCGUGCAGAAUCACAUGCCGCGAAGGCGAAUAGUGCCAAGGCAGAAGGGCCUCUGAUAGGCACCAACGCUCCGCACGCUGCUCCCCCUACCGUUGCGUCGUCUGACUUCCCCCCCUCCGCCUCCUCCCCGUCCGGUAGGUCCUCCAGUAGCGACUCUCUCGGCCCCACCACGCCCGCCGACUCCAUCACCAUGAUCGACUCGAGCACGUCCGGGGACGACACCAGCGACUCCCGCACCGGCGACUCCCCCACCAGCAAUUCCGCUACUAGCGUCAUCCCCGUUACAGGCAGCAACCCCCACGACCCCUCGGGGUUGGUGGACAGCGAUUCUGCCGCUGCGGACGGCAGGGUGGUGCGGGGGAGAGUGGAUGAGGAGGAUGAAGGGAGAGUGGGGGAAGCGGAGGGCGGGCGGGAAUGCUUAAGGGAAGAGAAGAUGGAUUGUGGGAAGCUGGAUUUGAAUGUGAGUGGUGCUGACGUGGCGGAUCCUGGGAUUGCUGCCAGUAACGAGGAGGCUGGCAGCGGGAGACGGAGCAGGAGGCGGUGGACGGAUUCCGCUCCCUCGGGGGUUAAUGGGCCUUCCGCAUGGGCCAGGGGAGGGGGAGAGGAGUGGGCGGAGAGUGUCGCGGGGGAAGGACGGGGAUGUGCGGAGAAUGGGGAGGGGGAGGGAAGGGAAGGCGGGCAGGGGGGGGGCGUGGGCGGGGGAAGCUUGCGCAUGAGAUGGCUGGUGUUGGCGGAGGACAAUGAGGAAGAGGAGGAAUGGGGAGGCGAUGGGGAUGAGGAGGGCAAUGGGGAAGAGACAUUCGGCAAGGAAGCAGAUGAGAUCGAUGAGAGGUUGGAGUUGGAGGAGGAGUUGGAAGGGGAGUUGGAACGGCUUCCAUCCCUUCUUUUCCCCACCUCCGUGAGUGUCCCCUCCACGCAUUCGCCCUCAUUCCCCUCACUCCCGUCGUCCUCGCCCUGCCCUCCACACCACGCGCUCCACCAAGACGCGUCCCAACCGACACAGCAGCACGUCGCGCUGCUGGACUCUUCCCAGCCUGCCGCCCACCUGCAGCCACUGAACGCUGCCGCCCCAUUCAGCCAGCCGAGGGACGAGCAGCAGCAGCAGCAGCAGCAGCAGCAGCAGCAGCAGGGGGGAAUGGCAGUGAUGGCGGGGUGGCCGCAGCAGCACGAGUAUCUCCCUCUGCAGCCGCCCAUGCAGCUGCCCGCCGUGCCCGCCCUGCCCAACAGCCUCUCCUCCAUCAAGCGCCGCCUUUCCCCUCGCGUUCGGAAGCCCACUCGCUUCCUCACUGCCUCCCGCCCCCUCAUUUCUCCGCCCUCCGUCAAUGCUGCUGCUGCGGCUGCGGUUGCUGCCGCUGGCGCUGGUUCUGGGAGUGCUCCCGCUGCCUGUGGCCUUUCUGCUGGUGCUUCUAAGGAUAAUCCCCCUCCUCCAUCUGUAGCUGCUGAUUCUGCUGCUGCUGCUGCUGCUCCUGCUGCUGCCGGUGCAGGGAGUGGUGGUGGCGGGGCGGGUGUGUCGGAUGGCAACACGGCCGGCAAGGAUAAGGUCCGGAAUGCUGACCCUGACGUGACACUAGGAGCCCAGCUAGAGCACAGCCCAGCUGACAGUGCGGCUGCAGCUGCCAGUGCUCAAAACAGCCCUCUGCAAGCGCCUUGGCAAUCUCCCUCCCGUGCAGCUGCAUCGGUGCCUGCGCCACCAGCAUCCACAUCCAUAUCCGAACCCCAUCUUUCCUCCUCCUCUCCGUCUGUUACCGCCACCUCUCAUUCAGCAUCCGUCAGCCACUCAGUCUCGUGCGCGAGCCACACGACAGGGCCUGCCAGCCAUGUGAUCGACCUCGAGGAAUGCUGCCUGUCAGCUGAAUCUAGGCCGUCUGAGCAAUCUAGGCCGUCUGAGCAAUCUAGGCCGUCAGCUGAAUCGAGCCCAUCAGCCAGCUUUCGGUCGUCAGCUGAACCUAGGCCAUCAGCUAUAUCCAGCCCGUCAGCCGAAUCUAAGUUGUCCGCCAAAUCUAGGCGGUCAGCAGAAUCUAGGCCGUCGGAGGAGGUACUGGCACCAAGGGAGAGGGCGAUAAGCGGUGGAGGCAGCAAUCAGUCGGCUGCUUCUGAUAGGGGCGAAGGCAAACGAGACUAUACCGAGAACUGCAGUCGUGCAGUGGCUGCCGCGAUGGCCAGUAGCAGUGAUAAUGCGGCGGAGGGAGAGGAGAGCGCAGGCGAUGGAGGCAGAGAGAGGAAUGGGGCAGCAGAGGGUGAGGGUGCUGGUAGUGACGCCGCUUGCCCGCUCGGCACUGCCAGUAGACAGUGGGUGAGAGGGCCCGCGAGUGGUGGCAGUGGAGGGGAGCGAGGGAGUGUGGAUGUCCGGAGUGAGGGAGGGAGAGGAGGUGUAGGUGAGAGGGGGGGGAGAGAGGGUGAGGGCAGUGAGGGGGAGUUGAGCACUGGCUCUGGGAUGGCGGGGGAGGACAGGGAGGAAAAAUCCAAUAAGAGGCGGGAGAACCAAGAGGAUAUGGCGGAGGAUGCGGAUGAGGCGGAGGAUGCGGAUGAGGCGGAGCGUGUGUUCAUAGAAAUGGUGGGAGGGGAGAGAGAGAGAGAUGGAGAAGAAGGGCGGGAGGAGAAGCGAGCGGAUACGGUGGAGAGCGGUGAGCAAGCAGGGGUGGCUAUGGGGGAGGGGCAGCUGAGAGAAGGCAGAGCGGCAAGCGGUGAAACGGAGGGUCGGAGAGUGGAGGAGGAAGGGGAGGACGAGAGUGGAAGCGCUGAGAGUGGCCAGCGUAAGUAUGGCGAUACGAGCCUUGCUGUGCCGAGCACUGCCUCCUCUUCUCCUUCACUUUCUCUAUAUCCCCACAGCCUCCACUCUGCGCCAGCGGCCAUCUCCUCCUUCUGCACUUCCCUCCUCUCCCCCCCGCGCCCUGCUUUCUCCGGCCUCCCUUAUGCUGGCUGGGGAGGCAGAGAGGGCAGUGCAAGGGAAGGCGGCACGGAGGGAAAACUCAUAGCAGCAGCAGCAGCAGCAGAUGAGGCUACCUCUGACGCGCGCUGCUCAACGCCUGCUGCUGUCGCAGUGCCUGCUGUAGCACCAGGUGCCCUUGUGAAUGUUUCCCUGCAGUGCUGGGAGGCCGUGCAAGUGGGCGACGCACAGGGUCUGUCCGCGUCUGCAGGCUCCGGAAAGGAGCAGGAAAGGCAGGAGGAGGUUGGGCAAGAGGCUUGCGGUAAGGAGACUGGCGGAGAGGCUGGCGGUUACCAGGUUGAAGGCGCGGCGGGGAAUUUGGGGCUAGGAGGGGAUGACGAGGAGCAACGAGGUGAGGAGGAGGAGAGAAAGGAUGAGGAAACAGCCAAUAGCGACAAUGCACGUGGCGUGGAGAAUGCAGUAGAUGCGGAGGAGAAGGGAGGGGCACACAAGAGAGAGGACGAGGAGGGUGCGGCAGAGGAAAUGGGAAGCAGUGGCACAGGCGAGGAUGAGCCUGCGAGCUCGGACGAGGUGCUUGAGGAGUGCGUGGGCGUGGAGUGUGGAGGCGUGCAGGAGGCAUGCUCUCACGAGGCAGUGAGCUUGAAUGGCGCCAGUGCGGCACUGGCACUGCACGGCUCACCGGGGACACGCGAGAGGGGCGGAGAGGCAGUAGUGGAGGCAGCAGGCCACGUAUGGCAUGCUCUGGGGGUUGACCCGGCGUGGCAGGGGCAUGAGGAGGGGCGCAUGCCCCCUGCUGAUGUUGCGGCCGAUAUUGGUGCUGGUAUUGCUGGUUAUGGUGGUGACGCUGACUGGAGCAAGAGCAAGAACCUACAGGGACAGGUCAUUGGGGAUAUCAGCACCUGGGAUGCUGCCUGUGGGGCUGUUGCCUUCAGUUGCAGCCACCCUAGCAGCAGCAGCAGGUUGAUCCCUGUGGCAUCAAGGCGGCAUGUCAUCCGACCGUUCACUACCAGCCCCUCUCUCAGCCUGCUUGACAACCCCCUCCUCACUGCUCCUGCUAUCUCCACCUCCGCAGCCACUGCUGCUGCUGCUGCUGCUGUUGCGGCUGUCACUGCCGAAACUGCUAGUGCUGCCACUGCCCCUCACGGUGAUGCAGCCAUUGGCGCUACAGCCACUGCUGCUACAGCCACUGCCGCUGCCACUACCACUGCCACUGUGACAGCAACAACAGCCGCAGCAGCUGGAGAAGGCAGCCCCUUCCGCCACCCUGCUCGCCGCCUUGUUCCCUCUGCCUCCUCCCCCGCCCUCCUCCUCACCUCCCUCGUACCAAACCGCCCAGUCUCUCCCUCCUUUCCCGUCCGCCCUCCCUCCCCUGACCCCACUCGCCCCUCCUCCCCCCCCUCCUCCCUCCCCUCCUCCCACCCCUCCUCGCCCACUGCUCGCUCCGCCCAUGCCAGUCGCCCCUCGUCCCCCACCAUCCCCCUGCCUGACCGCCCAUGGCUAAGAGGCGCCCUCCGCCGCACCCUGGAGCGCGCCCAGGCAGCAGAGAUGGCGGCAGAGGCGCUGGCAGCGAUGGACGCGGGGAUGGGCGCACAGACGGGGGCAGGGAUGGGAGGUGAGGUGCGUCUCGAUGUGGAGAGGCAGCAGCAGCAGCAGCAGCAGCAGGAGGAGAAGCAGGAGGAGAAGCAGGAGGAGAAGCAGGAGGAGAAGCAGGAGGAAGAGGAGGAGGAGGCGACCUGUGCAGUGAGUGGGUGCAGCGGUGAUGGUGACCCGAGCUCAGACGCUUUUGCUGAACAUGAGUGCGACGGCGUGUCUGCCUGUGGUGGCGUGUCUGCUUGCGAUGGCGUGCUCGCCCGUACGCAAGAAGCCAGCAAGGGCAGCAAUGCUGCUUCUGCUUGUGCUAGCGCUGGUGCUGGCCCUGCUAUCGCUGCUAGCGAUAUUGUUGCUGAUCCCGCCGUUGCCACCCGAACAGCACCUGCUACAGUCACAGCAGAAGAAUCUGCAAUUGCAGUGGGUGCAGGAAUCACAGGUGCUGCUGCUGAGUCUGUGGGUGCCCAAAAAACUGCAGUGGGUAAUCCUGCAGGUGGUGUGGGCAUGGCAGCGCACCAGUGGCAGGUGAGCAGUGCAAUGGGCACAGCCAUGGGCGGCAGGUCCAGUCACAUGGAUUGCAGGGGCAGCCAUACUGUUACGAGGGCCUCCCAUAGGGAUGCACAGGCGCAGGUUCGGAUGUCCUCUGUCCUGCAGCGCACUCAUCCCACUCCCACAGGGGCGCCCACAGGAGCGCCCCACGUGCAGUCUGUGCAGCCCCAUGCAGGUGCACGAGGGGCCCAGAACCCCUCGGUCUCUGGAGCUAGAGAGAGCAGCAACCCCUUUGCAGUGCCUGUCCCUGCCAUGCCUCGUCUGCCCUUCAAGCUCUCCGCCAGAAAGCCUACUGCUGCCGCACCCACAGUACCGCUGGCUGGCACUCCUCCUCCAACGGCCGCCCCUGCUGCCCCUGCUGUUGCUCCCAUGAUGCAAGAGCAGCCCCAAGGUGGUGCUUCUGCUGCUCCUGGACCGCCUGGAGCCUCUGGUGCACCACGAGUGGCAGGAGUUGCCGCAGGAGGCCUGGCAGGGAUGGCAGGUGGGGGGCUACAGAAAGAGGCAGCAGUGGAGGUGGAGGAGAGUUGCGGAUCGUGCAGCAUGGCUGUGAGCAACAGCGUGCGCAACAGCACCGGCAUGAGGCCCACCAACAAUGCGAGGAAUUCUGGCAGCGCCGCACAGAGGAGCGCAGUCGCAGGGCAGAGAAUGGCAUUGAAGAGGCACGAAGGUAAGGGCGCGCCAGUGGGUAGGCAAUCAGCGGCUGCAUCUGCAGCUAAAGGCGGUGCUUCUCCUUCUGCCGCUGCCUCAGCAGCAGCAGCUGCUGGAGGCCUGAAGCGAGCCUCUGCUGUGGGGGCCAAAGGUUCUGGCGUGCCAGCAGCAGCAGGGGCAGCAGCAAGGGCAGCGCCAGGGGCAGCGGUGACGGGACGGUCGAAUGGAGCAGAGUCCGGUGUAGGCGGGUCAGAGGCAGGGGAGGAGUGGAGCAGCUCUGGCAGCAGCAGAGGGAAGGAAGGCGGGGGAGGAAGAGGAGCGGGGCUGCGUCAACAGGCGUCAGUGCCAGCGUCUCACCAGUCGCAGCAGUCUCAGCAGUCCCCCAUGGUGCAGCAGCAGCACUUCCUGCAGGAGAUUGCGUUCGGCCCUGAGUGGGCCGCAAAGGCAAGGGCGAGGGAUGAGGAGAUGCAGCAGAGGAAUGCAGCGGACAGGAGGGGGCAGCUGGAGGGGCGCAGGCCGCUGUUUGGGGAGAGGAACUCGAGUCCGGUGAAGAACAUGAUGCCGCUUGCUCAAGGUCAUAUCACGACACAGGCGCACAUGCUGACUCAGACCCAGCAGCAGCAGCAGCAGCAGCAGCAGCAGCAGCAGCAGCAGCAGCAGCAGCAGGUGCAGGCAGGGCAUGGAAUGGUUCCAGCAGAGACAGUGCGGCCAUUUGAGCGGAAGCUGUUUCAGCAGGCGACCAUGGCAGGGCAGGUCAGCCCCACGGCACCACACUGCGUCCCUGCUGCUGCUCCUGCUGCUGCCUCCUCAGCUUCUGCUACUGGGAGCACACGCAUUGCUCCUGCUGCUACCUCUAAAUACUCUACUAUGAAUGCUGCAGCAGCCUACAUGCAACAGCAAGCUUCCGAUCCCUUCCUACACAAUCCGCUCCCCUCACUCACCCACAGCAGCGCUGCCACUAGCACCUCCACCCCUCCUCUCUCCCCUCGCACACCUCGCUCUCUCGUCACUCCAGCCACUGCAACCAACCCUUAUCUCCCCCCUCCCAGAUCAAACCCCACCUCUCCCCGCCUCCCUGUCAUGGGUACCGCAUCUCUCUCUCCUCCCCCCUCGCCCCGCUCCUACCACGUGCUACAGUUCGCCAUGGGGGGCACGCCCAAUGCCAGCCCCACCCACCCCCUGGCAGCCUGCUACAACACUCCGCUCAGCCCCACAGUCGGCCCCUCUUCCCUUGCUCCACGCAGUCCGGCGCAUCCCUCUGCAGCAGCUCCUGUUCCCCCCCUUGGCCCCACACGCACCACCGCACCCUCUCAUGCUCCUGUGAGUCCGAGGCAUGCUGCCGUGACCAUUUCUCCACUCAACUCGCCUCACAAGCCACAGCCAGUCAUGAUGCAUGCAGGUUUGCAUCCUUCCGGUGUGCAUGGCGGCAUGAACCAUGCAGGCAUGCAUGGUGGCAUGAACGCUGGCAGCAUGUGUGGUAGCAUGCAUCAGGCUGGGACUGGCAAUCUCCAGCAGCCUGGCCUCCAUGCACAGUAUUACGUGCAGCCACUGCCACUUCACCAGCAGCAGCAGCAGCAGCAGCAGCAGCAGCAGAGCCCAUAUCGCAAUCGCCCAUGGCUGCAGCAGGAGAAUCGCCAGCCGUUCAUCGCCGGGCCCAACCCCAGUCCACCACGAGCAGCCUCCCCCCACGCCACCACUGCAGCCACGCCCUUCGUCUCAGGCCCCAACCGCAGCCCUGCAAGCCCCAGCCCAGCCAACUGCAUGCCUGCCAACCGCAGCACUUCAUGCACCCCUGCUGCACACCCUGCUCCAGGGACAGCGGCACCACCCGUCCCUGCUGCUGCAGGCCAUAUUGGUAGCCCAAACCGCUGCAUCUCUCCCGUGCCCUUCAGCCCCUCGCCCUUCAGCCCCACUGGCAGCCCAGUGCGGGCUAUCCACGCUGGAGCUGCGUCCCCCACCGCUGCCAGCCCUGCCAGCACCGGCACCCCUGACAAGGCCACCACGCCGUCGCGCUAUGGCUCCCCGCUGCCCGCCCGAGGCCCGGUUGGUAGCAUGUUUGUUGCAGGCCCCAGGAAAGGCAGUGCGGCGGCCAUGGUUGCUCGGAGGAAGCUUGAGGCCAAAGCCGCUGCUGCGGCGGCGGCUGCUGCUGCUGCUGGUGACGGUGCCGGUGCACAUGGGGGUGAUGUGGUGGCAGGAGGGUCAGGAGCAGGGGGGGCAGCAGUGACAGGAGGAGUGGGAGUAGUGGCUGGGCAACGGACUGGAGGGCCAGCAGGGAGGGUGGGCGGUGGUACGGCGUUGGCAGCAGAGGCACAGGUUGGAGGAGUGCUGACAUCAUCAUCAGUCAUGAAUACACGACAGGGAGUCAUGGGGGGAUCCACUGCACCUGCAGGUGUGCCUGCUCCUAGUGCAAUGCCGCACGUGGUCCCUCAUUCUGCCAGCAGCACUGCAGUGAAGGCACCACAUGCCCUCGGCGUGGCACAACAGCUGCAUUCCAGCCAUGCACCUCCAUCAGGUGGACCUGUAAUUCCUCCUGUUAGUAGCUCCGCACGUAAAUGGUUUGUAGGCAGCAGGUGAUGGAAGAGUCAUCAAGUUGACAAGAGAGCGAGGAGUGAGCAUGUGUGGUGAUCUGUCACAGAAUGGACCUCAAGGCGUGAAAAGGGGGUCUCCAAACUUGUAGGCAGCGGUCACAUUAAGGGAGAUCGCGAUUCUUAUGAAACUAUGAGCUCAUUAAAGUUGUUGAGAACUAUUCUUAUGUUACAUCGUAUUUGUCGCAAUUUU